UAUGCUUCAAAGCUUUAUUAAAAAUAUUUGGAUCCCCAUGAAGCCCUACUAUACACAAGUUUACCAAGAGGUUUGCAUAGGAAUGGGGUUGAUGGGCUUCAUUUAUAAAAUCAGGAGUACUGAUAAAAGAAGUAAAGCUUUGAAAUUUGACUGCUCAGGAUGACCAUGAGCAGUCCUGCACCUGUUCAUGGUCAUCAUUAACCAGCUUUACUUGGAGGGAAUGUCAGUCUGGCUGUAGAUUUCAGCAAGCUG